AUGCUCCUUCUUUAUGUGCAGGUUCUGUUAGCGGCAAUCUCACCAUUUCUCUCAAUAUUGGUGGAAUGUAGUCCUUUAGCAUUACCGUCAACCCACCAAAAGUUUUCUACACAGCUAGCGAAACGCAACCACUUGAAGUUUGAUUUACAGUUUGAGGAUGAAUCUUUCUAUGCAACUACUUUAAAAAUUGGAGACCCUCCCCAGGAAAUCACAGUCAUUUUUGAUUCGGGCUCUGCUGAUACGUGGGUUAUGAGCAGAUACAAUCCAUUCUGUUUGUCCUCCAGUAAUAUCACCGCCAAUGGAUUAAAAACACUAUAUGAUGGAAAAGCGAUAAUACCUAAAGUAGAUUGCAGCCAAAUAAAAACCUACAAUGCCAACAGAUCGACCUCUUUCCAAGAAUUGAAUAAUGGGAGAUUCUACAUAAUUUAUGGAGAUAAAACAUUUGCAGAUGGUAUAUGGGGUACCGAAACUUUCGAAUUUGGAGGUGUAAAGAUUCCAAAUGUACAGUUUGGUUUGGCAGACUAUGCAACAACCCCAAUUGGUGGUGUGCUGGGGAUUGGCUUCCAGAGAAGAGAAUCUGUGAAGGGAUACACCAACGCUCCUGAAGUAUUCUACCCGAAUUUCCCGCAGGUCUUGAAAAACGAAGGAAUUAUCGAUACUGUUGCUUAUUCCUUAUCUCUUGGUCAAUCUAGCCAUAUCAUGUUUGGCGCUAUUGACCGGAAUAGUUAUAUAGGCGAUAUGGUAACUUUUCCCAUGAUUAAUAUGUUUCCGAAUGCAGUCAGCAAGCCAGCCACUCUAUCUAUUACUAUCCAAGGACUAGGUGCCCAAAACAAACAAGAAUGCAAGUUUCAAACUUUCUCUACCACGAAAUAUCCAGCCUUGCUCGACUCUGGAUCAACUUUAAUAAGUGCACCAGUUGAAAUUGCAGAUAAAAUGGCAGCCUUUAUUGGAGCACAAUGGAGCGAGAGUGAUGGGAUUUACACUUUGGAGUGCCCUAAUGACACUACUAAUAUCGAUUAUAUUUUUGAUUUUGGUGACAUGAAAUUCACUCUUCCCCUUUCAAAUUUGAUUUUACCGUCCCAGGGUGGGAGCAAUGUAUGCGGAUUUGGUCUACAGAGAAGCGAUAAUGAGAUUGUUUUGGGUGAUGUAUUUCUAUGCUCUACUCUAGUUGUUUUUGAUCUUGAUCAUUAUCAGAUUUCGCUGGCUAAAAGCAAUCAGAAGUCUAGUGCAGAGGAUAUCGUUAAUAUUCCGAGCGACGGAAAAAUACCAGGUGCCAUUAUUGCAAAAGCCGAGGCAUGGACUACAUAUGAGCCAAUAACAGCUACAACGGACAUGUUUGAGACUGAACGUUCCCAUUGUGGCAUCCGUUCAGCAACUUCAUCGGUCGUCAACAGUGCUAAAAGUUCAUUUACUAAUGUGAAAUCAGCAACAUGGGAAGUAGCGUCAAACACCACGAUAAAAAGCAGUGUAGAAUCUAGUAGCAAGUUAUUUUUGUCAAAAGGGUUUAGUUCAAUGAGUAACUCCAAAAAAACUGGAAUUUCAACCCAUCCACAACAUGUCAAGAGCUUAAGAGCAUCAAGUUCUAUUAUUUCAACCAAUACAAGUCCGGUUGAAAUGUCUAAGAUCACAAUAACAACUACCAUACGAGAAACGUCUGUGAUAACUAGAACUGUUUGCGGAACUCAGCCUUGA